CGGAAAACGUCAAUAGGUACCGAAUAGGUGACAAAAUCGAAUUACAUAAAACGGAAGCAAUCGGAAGAACAACUUUUCUCCGUGGAACGGGGCCCGAUAUCGGAUUGGACUGUUAAACCCUGCUUCCAGCAAAGUUCCCGUAAAAGAUGGCCUCCAUCUUGCGCUCUUUUGCAACAACGUUCGCUAAAAGCGGCGUGCGUAGCAGCGGUAUUUCCCGUGCUGCUCCGGCUAUUAUGAUGCGCUAUAAAUCCACUGAACCGGCGGCAGAAGCCAGACCUACUGUCCGCAAGCCGGAUGCCGCUGCCCGUUCGGAGCUGUCCGAGUUCGGCAAGUACGUCGCAGAAUGCAUGCCAAAGUACGUCCAAAAGGUGCAGCUUACGUCGGGCGACGAGCUGGAGGUGCUGAUCGCCCCGGAAGGUGUUGUUCCCGUGCUGCAGUUCCUAAAGGAUCAUCACAAUGCACAGUUUGCAAAUCUGGUCGAUAUUGCCGGCAUGGAUGUGCCAUCCCGUCCGUAUCGGUUUGAAAUUAUCUACAACAUUCUAUCCCUACGUUACAACUCGCGCAUCCGCGUAAAGACCUAUGCCGACGAGCUGACGCCGAUCGAUUCAUGCAACGAAGUGUUUAAGGCGGCCAACUGGUACGAGCGGGAAAUAUGGGACAUGUACGGUGUGUUCUUUGCAAAUCAUCCGGAUCUUCGUCGCAUUCUGACCGAUUAUGGUUUCGAGGGCCAUCCGCAGCGUCGUGAUUUUCCGCUGAGCGGUUAUGUCGAGCUGCGGUACGACGAUGAGAAGAAACGUGUUGUGUGCGAACCGCUCGAGCUGGCGCAGGAGUUCCGUAAGUUUGAUCUCUCUGCACCGUGGGAACAGUUUCCAAAUUUCCGCCAUGCUAAUCCUGCCACGGAAGAGGUUGCAACAAAACCGACGGAAAAGUAGUAAAUUAACACGGUGCUAAAAACCACAUUUGACACGACAUUGGGAUGCUGUCGAAGUGAGAGAGUGAAAGUGUUGCUCGUUCUUAGGCUGAAAUAUAACCGGACGCUGUUGUAAAUGUU